CUUUUUUGGCAUGGCAACGAAGGCACCGGCACGUUGGCGACGACACACGUUGGUGCUCGCAUCUGUGCUAGCAGCAUGCACUCUUGCCAGUGACAUCGCCGACACCAGCCCAAUAACGACCACAUCUGUAGUUGUCUCGACUCCCACUCCUUCACUUGUGGCGGACGCGGAGGACGACGAUGGGUUGGAAGGCCAACACUUUGCAGAUGACGACGACGACUUCGUCACGCCCAAGCCAGCAUCCAACGACACGACAAACGACGCAUUCGAUAUGCCUGUGCCACCUCCCGUAGCCCCCCCUACUGUACCUCCUACGACUUCCACACCAAACGAAGGUGGAGGCCCAUUGCUUCCACCUGUGCUCGUUCCUAGCGACCCAUCAAGCCACCCGCGUUCGGAUCAUCCAACAUCUCCAGCCAGUGUGAACACCACAAAUGAUCCAGCGACAAACGGCUCUGAUAUCACGAUUGCGGCACCGACAACCAGUCCACUAACUACAUCGCCGCCGAGCCCGCCAACAACUACGGCACCGACGACGGCAGCUCCGGCCGCUACGGCCGCGCCAACCACCACUCUACCAGCCACAACCUCUGAACCGACUACUUCUUCGCCUCCGACCACCACUGCCGCUCCUAUAACCACUGUCGCUCCUAUCACCACUGCCGCUCCUAUCACCACUGCCGCUCCUAUCACCACGAUCACGACUACACCAAGUGAUGCCCCAGUCACGACAGCCGCCCCUUUGGUCGACUCCCCUGGCGAGAAUGAACCUACAACUAAGCCAGUGAAGCAUCCGUCGAACGACUUGGCCAAAGGCGGCCGCCACGGUCCGUCCAUGACGUCGUACACGGCGCUCGCGUUUGUGGGGUGUUCCCUCGCGUGCGUCUUCAUCGUGCUGCGCCGGCGCCAAGGUCGAGCCGCCAGCACCUCCGGUGCCUCCACAGGCCGACCGUCGAGCAGCGGCAACUACGCCAAGCUGAACAACCCCCACGACCCCGUGGACGACGACGACUUGGACUGGCAGGACGACCCAGAGUUGGGUAGCAGAAGCAACGCGAUGGCCGCCCGGAAGCGGCUGUCGCCAGACUUCAACCCAUUCUCCCGCAACCAGCCGGUGCCGUCGACGCCCAAAGUGGUGCCUCCCCUCUCGGCCUCGCCGUCCACCCCGCCUCCUUCGGAGCCCCGCGUGCUGCCACGACUGCACGAACCCAUCAACCCAUUCGCUGUCAACCACGAUGUGUUCAGUGAAUUCAACAUGGUGCCGCAAGUGAAAGCAUCCGCGCAGCCGCCACCCCUGAUCCUGCCGCCCCCUUCGAAACGUCCGCCGACGACCGCCUUCCCGCCCCCGCCGGCUUCCCACAGCGCCAUCUUCUCCAUGGAAAUGGACGAUCAAGCGGAGGGCGACGCCACGGGCUGGGACGAGGACGAUUGGACUCACUAAGCUCCAAUGAGAGCACACAUAAGACGAUUAAGUGUAUAUUUCUGAUAGAUAACGUUAUGCCAAAUAUGUGCAAUCUUUCUUGACGAUAUAUGAUGUUUCAGUAAUCCUGAAUGUGAGAGCUGCAUCCCCAGAUUCCUCGUUCCAGUCGAGUGCGGCGCCGACUCAAGGCCAGCAGGCGUUUUUCAGGUCUUCCCAACAAAGUACUCUGUCGGCAUAACAACAUUUGAAACCAGUUUAUU